AUGGCGAUUGAAGAAGACGACGAUGUAGAGAGCUGUGGAAGCAGAGCAGUGGAGUCGUACUCUGCAACAGCGAAUCCAUCAGCACGACACCAUCACCAAAGGCAAAAGCUAGAAGUUUACAACGAAGUUUUGAAGCGAAUUAAACACUCGAAUUUUGAAGAAGCAAAUCUUACUGGCUUUGACGAUCACCUCUGGCUUCAUUUCAAUCGCUUACCUGCUCGAUAUGCGUUGGAUGUGAAUGUGGAGAGAGCAGAAGAUGUGCUUAUGCACAAGAGAUUACUUCAGUUGGCUGAAGAUCCUGCUAAUCGACCGGCUUUUGAAGUUCAUCUCGUGCAGGUGUAUCCUGUCUUGAAUGGAAAUUCUACUGAUUCUGAGCGUUUGGAUUCAGCAAUGAAAGAAGAUGCACAAAGUUCUUAUUUUUCAAACAAGCAAGGAAUGCAUCCACCACCUACAUUUGGCUCAUCACCUAAUGUUGAAGCAUUUCAAGCCUUUAGAUAUCACGUUGAAGAUGGAGAUGGUGCUGUAAAUUCUACACCGCGUCUAUGUCGGCCUAUGCACGAGAUCACUUUUUCAACAGUCGACAGGCCAAAACUUCUUAGUCAGUUGACCUCCUUGCUUGCCGAGAUUGGAUUAAACAUUCAAGAAGCGCAUGCCUUUUCCACAGUUGAUGGGUUUUCUCUGGAUGUUUUUGUUGUUGAUGGUUGGCUUCGUGAGGAGACAGAGGAGCUUAAAAAUGCUCUAGAAAAGGAAAUCCUAAAGUCUAAGGAGCAGUGCUUUCCAAAACAGCUUUCUGUUUCUCUUGUUGGCGAGCAUAAUAAAACAGGGGUUGAAUCUCUUCCUGAUUGUGUUCAAAUACCUAGUGAUGGAACUGAUGUCUGGGAAAUUGACAGCAGUCAACUGAAAGUUGAUAACAAAGUUGCAUCUGGAUCAUAUGGUGAUUUGUAUAGAGGCACAUAUUGUAGUCAGGAAGUGGCCAUCAAAGUACUCAAGCCUGAGCGUGUCAGUGGAGAAAUGCUUAGAGAGUUCUCCCAGGAAGUUUAUAUAAUGAGGUCUAAGGGUGUAUUUAAGCUUCCAUUCUUAAUCAAAGUGGCGAUUGAUGUGUCGAAGGGAAUGAAUUAUCUGCACCAAAAUAACAUAAUUCACAGGGACCUGAAAACUGCGAAUCUUCUGAUGGAUGAAAAUGAAGUAAGAGCAGUUCCUGGACUUGCAUAUACCUGUGUUGUUGUGAAGGUUGCUGAUUUUGGGGUUGCCAGAGUACAGACUCAGUCUGGGGUAAUGACAGCUGAAACAGGAACGUACCGCUGGAUGGCUCCUGAGGUGAUUGAACACAAACCAUAUGAUCACAAGGCAGAUGUUUUCAGUUUCGGAAUAGUUAUGUGGGAGCUUCUAACAGGAGAGCUUCCUUACUCAUACUUGACCCCAUUGCAAGCAGCAGUAGGUGUGGUGCAAAAGGGUCUACGGCCCACAAUUCCCAAGCACACUCAUCCAAAACUUGCAGAAUUGCUUGAGAGAUGCUGGCAGCAAGACCCAACUCAAAGACCCGACUUUUCUCAGAUAAUAGAUAUCCUGCAGCAAAUAUCCAAGGAGGUUGGAGAUGAGAGGGAAGACUGCUGCAAGGAUAAAUCAUCCAGUAUCUUUUUCUCAGCACUGACCAAGGGUCACCAUUAA